ACCCCCCCUACCACCACCCCACCCCAGCUAUCGCACUUACAGUACAUUAGUGCAUUUAUUAUAAGUCUUAAUCUCAAUAUAUGAGCACCACGUGAACCACCCUCUCACUUUUUUCUCUCCUUUUUCCUCCAGAGUAAAGAAAAGAAGAAAGAAUGACUCCAAGAUUAUCUGAGCUCAGAAACCUGAAAGCAUGAACACUGAGUGACAGGCAAUGUCAUAUCGCAGAGUUACGAUAAAGCGAUCUGCUGCAGUGAGGACUUUUCAAAGGGCUUAAGAAUGACCCAUCACGUCUUUUCCGUCUCAGACACGCGUGCUGGAGCUGAGGAUUGAGCACAGCUGAUCAUGAGUGGACAGAAGAUUUGUGCGUUUCUGCGAGGGCUCUCCCGCAGGAAGCCCCUGGAGCCCGAGGGCGAGGUGUCCACGUUCCGCCGCUGUCUGAGCACGGUGGACCUGGUGGCUCUGGGCGUGGGCAGCACGCUCGGCGCUGGAGUUUAUGUGCUGUCCGGUGAAGUUGCCCGGUCGCUGUCCGGCCCCAGCAUCAUCAUCUCCUUCCUCAUCGCUGCUCUGGCCUCCAUAUUCGCCGGCCUGUGCUACGCCGAGUUCGGCUCCAGAGUGCCCAAGACCGGCUCGGCGUAUCUCUACAGCUACGUCACCGUGGGGGAGGUGUGGGCCUUCAUCACCGGGUGGAACCUGCUGCUGUCCUACGUCAUAGGCGCCUCCAGCGUGGCCCGAGCUUGGAGCGGCACCUUUGAUGACCUCAUUGGAAAUGUGAUGGCGAAUUACUUCAGCAAACACGCCGCCAUGGGGCUGCCUGGCCUGGCUCCUUACCCAGACAUCUUUGCAGCUGGCCUCAUCAUGCUUCUCACUGGGCUCCUUGCUUUUGGAGUGAAAGAGUCAACCACAGUCAACAAGAUUUUCACCAGUGUUAAUAUACUGGUGCUGGUGUUCGUCAUCAUCUCCGGCUUCAUUAAGGGGAACCUGGCCAACUGGAACAUCACUGAGACAACCUUGCUGAAUGUGACAGCAGAACUGGAAAACGUGACAUUCUCGUUGAACGUGACCUCCGAGUUCGGGGUCGGUGGGUUCUUCCCGUACGGGUUUGAGGGCACUCUGGCCGGAGCUGCGACGUGUUUCUACGCAUUCGUGGGGUUUGACUGCAUUGCAACUACAGGGGAGGAGGUGAAGAACCCUCAGAAGUCCAUCCCUCUGGGGAUCGUCUUCGCUCUGCUGAUCUGUUUCCUGGCGUAUUUCGGCGUGUCAGCUGCUCUCACUCUGAUGAUGCCGUACUACCUGCUCAACAUCCACAGCCCUCUGCCCGUCGCUUUCUCCUAUAUAGGCUGGUCUGCGGCCAAGUAUGUGGUGGCUGUGGGAUCCCUGUGUGCUCUUUCUACCAGUCUCCUGGGUGCCAUGUUCCCGAUGCCUCGAGUGAUAUUUGCUAUGGCCAGAGACGGCCUCCUCUUUAAAGUGCUGUGUAGAGUCAGCGCAAGGAAGAGCCCGGUGGCAGCAACUGUCGCUUCUGGAUCCAUAGCAGCAAUAAUGGCGCUGUUAUUCGACCUGAAGGCACUGGUUGAUAUGAUGUCUAUUGGAACGCUCUUCGCCUACACGCUGGUGGCCAUCUGUAUUCUCAUACUCAGGUAUCAGGAGAUGGAGUCUGCAGACAAUGAUGUUCACAUCACACAGACCUCCGCGUUCGAAAUAUUAAAACCUCCCUCUCUCCCCACCAAAAAAACCUCCAACACCGUCACCGGAUGUACCAUAUUCAUCAUCUUUCUGGUGUUGAUUCUGACAGUACUGUUGAGUAAGGGGAUCAGGGAUCUGCUGCUGCUGGAGGUUUGGGUUCUGGUGUGUGUGUCUGUUAUACUGUUCCUGAUAGUGGUCAGCGUUCUGCUGAUCUGGAGACAGCCACAGAACCCCAGCAAAGCCACCUUCAUGGUACCUUUCCUGCCUUUACUCCCUGUGGUGAGUGUGUUCAUUAACACCUAUCUGAUGGUUCAGCUGGGAGGGGACACAUGGAUCCGCUAUGCUGUCUGGAUGGCUGUGGGACUUCUGAUCUACUUCGGCUACGGCGUGAGGAACAGUGUGCAGAAACAGAGGCUGCUGGGAAACAUCAUCAUCAUCGAAACCACCGAGACCAAACCUGAGAAAGAGGAGACCAAAGGAGGAGAAAGCACCGCCUCCAAGAGUUAAACCCCUCCCACCGGCCAGCGUUCACCAAUCAGCAUCAACCCUCAACUCUUAUAUCUCUAAUAUCACUUCAUCUACUUUAAUCACAUUCCACUGUAAAGAUGAUAAAUAUGUGCUUGUAUUUUUUAUACCUGUUUUUGUAAUGUUUCCUGUCAUUUUAUAACAUAGACCUAAUGUCUGCAGCUCAAUAAACUGAUUUAUUAAACGUUUUAACAUAAAAAGGGGCUAA